GCGGAAGCGGAUUGAAACGAAUGGGAGGCAUCCCCUGCUGAGCGGAGUGGAAGAGUCCUUCCUCUCUCUUUCCUCUGUUAAGCUCUCGUGGAGAAGAUUUGCAGAGAUCUUGUGGACGCUUUCUCCUGUGCAGAGUUGGUUAACAGAAGAUUCUCGUAGGUGUUGCCUGCGCACGUCUACGUUCUAAAGGCACACAAGUUUAAUUUUACAAGUCACCACAUAACGCUCAAGUUGCUUUAAGAAAUUCUAUUCUGUUUUUGCCAUGAUUGACUUUUGUCAAUUUGCUAGUCUGGUGUACUUGAAAUAUGCAAAUGAAAACAGUGAUCAAGACAACGGUGCUUGCUACACAAGAGAUGAAAGUUGUUGAAGACUUUCUUCCCUGAAAACACCGAACAUCUUUUCCCACUGUCAUCUGUAUUCUGGAUGCAGUUCGAGCUUAUUCCCUCUGGUUGAAAAGAUGUCGGAAGGGAUUGUGAAUCUGAGACAUAUCUCCACUUGAAUUGUAAUUCUGCCUUUUGACAAAAAAAAAUAGGUUGCCGUUUCUACAAGAUGAGUCGCCGUGGCAACAACUGGGCCUACUCUGAGGUAAUUGACCUCCUGGAUAUAUGGGGAGAGCAGAAGAUCCAGAAGUUGCUUCAGAGUAGCUAUCGCAAUAUGGACACGUUCCAGGUCAUUGCGAGCGAGAUGGCAAAGCGGGGGCAUGAGCGUACGGCGCAAGAAUGUCGAACCAAGACAAAAACAAUGCGCAGGGAUUACAAAAAGGCCAAGGACAGCUCUUCCUCUGGGAGCGGACGUAUCACAUGCCCUUUCUAUGAGCAGCUUGACAGGAUAUUGGCUGGGGAGUCUAGCUUCCAGCUGUCUAAGAAGCAACGGAAUAUCACUCUGCCAGAGGAAUCUUCAGGAGAUACCAAUUCCCCACGUCCCAUAGUGGAGGGAGUGGAGCCAGUGAUGAACGAGGACUACAUGGAAGGUCAGGAUCAGUGUUCUCCAUAUGAACAGUUACCUGCGGAAAUCUCUGAUUCUGCCACACCCAGUCCCAUGUUCUACAUGACGAGGGCAACAUCUGCAAAACCGGCAAGCAUGUCUUGGCCAGCAACAGAAGUUGAUCACCCAGCUCCCUCUCUGCCAUCUUUCUUCCCUGCUCAUCCUGGCAGCUCAUCAAACAAAGACUCAAGAAUGGUUUCAGAUGUGACAAUGCCUUCGUCGCCGACUUUGCUGCACAACUGUGAAGCCCUUUCUACUGAAGAGCGCCUCACCAGAGCCCGAAAGCGCCAAAGGAAAACGAGGAAUGACUUGGUCAUGGAAUUAUCGAGGAUAGCAGACAGGAGGGUGCAGACGGCCACGGAUCGGAUCCUGUCCUCCCUGAAUAGGUACGCCACAGCAGACUUGCAGGACCGUGAGAGAGACCGUGCAGACACUGCGCAAAUCAUCGCAAUCAUGCACCGCCAAACCGAACUGCUGGAAUCUCUGGUGCAGAUGCAUUCCAUCGAACAAACUCCUGUCUCCCCGGCGCCCUCAUGGCACGCCCGGCCUCGUUCUGCCAUCUCUCCUCCCUCUCGCUCGGCUGUCCCGAGGCGGACCCUCUUGCCCAGAGUGAAUCACAGGAGAAGGCCCCAGAAGUAUAGCCCCUAAUUGCACAGAGGCAGUCUCUUGACAUUAUAGUUUUAUAACGUUUCUUUCGAGUUCUUUGCUUUCGUUUGUUAGUACAUUACAUAAGGUGUGAACUCCCCCCGUCCCCUUUAAUACUGAGAAGAGGUACAGUAAUGAAGUGGUGAGCACGAGACAGUUUGUCUCUCCCAUGUAACCAUUUCUUGUCCUUUCAUGGCUGAUGCCAAUUUUCCUCUUCUGAGAUUUAUGCAGAAUGAUUUUAUACUAUCCUAAUGAACAUAUAGGUGAAACUGUGUAGGGGGUGAAUAUAGUACAAUAUAAACUAAUGUUGAACGCUUAGUCAGUACUAACAGUAAGCUAGUUGAGGUGCAGCAGUGACUUAGCCCUUGCUUAGAGGGUUUCAGGCAUCUGCAUGUGGUCCCUUGUUUGUGGCCGGAAUGCAAAGUUUUCUUGCCUGUGGGAGGAAAAGGUGCCUGAUUCCUCCCACCUUCUGCCAGAGGCGUAGCUGGGCUAUACUCCACUGGUGUGCACUCUGUUUUCCACACACACCCCCGGCAGUGCCCUGCCCCCCACCCCCACACAUACCUUAUUGAAACACUUCAAGCUGGAGAAGCGGCUUGUUCCCUACACUUCCCAUGAGACCUUGGGACUCGCAAGGUCUCCUGGGAAGAGUAGUUCCCACCAGGCCCUUUUCAGCCUGAAGGGAACAGGCCGCUUCUCCAGCCUGCACUGUUUCAAUGAGGUAGGUGUGGGGGGGCAUUGUGUGGGGGGGGGAUUUUCCGCUCCCCCAGGCAUGCGCCCGGUGCAACACCCCCCGCUCCAGCCCCCUGGUAGCUCCGCCACUGCCUUCUACUUAGCAUCAAAGGGCUAGAAACUUCCUUCCCAGCUGAAAAUGUGACCAGCUGUGCAGAAUGCCUCUUUGGUACUUCAGCUCUCAGGUGUGGUGUUGGCAGGCCAAGGACUGCUGCAUGUGAGCUGAAGUAACUGGUGCACCGAGGCUCUGGGUGCAGAUGUACCUUGCAGUUUAUGUUAAGUCAUUGAGAUGAAAUGGCUGUGAAAAGAUGAUGGCAGUUGGCUGCCAAGUGGUAAGAAGAGUGAAGAAGGAAGGGGAAAUGACUUCUGGAAUGAAUGAAGUCAGGCUAUGCAAGGCUGUGUGUGUGCACAUAUGCAUAUGUGCAUUAGACUUAAAGAUGGAAGUGGGUGGCCAGGACACUGCAAGCUAGUUUCCUUUGAGCUUGCAAAGAGGACCAGGAGGAGAUGUAAUCAGUGCAGGGGAGUGGAUGGUAUUGAAUGCAACAAAUGCAAACAGCAUUUAAACUGAGCAAAUGCAUACAGCUGGUUUGUGUCAGCUCCCUCUCCUCAAUAGCCCCCUUAAUUCCCUAAAAUGCCCUGAGAUUUGGAAGAGGCUCCACAGCAGUCAUGAAACUGAAUGGGGGGAGGGGGGGCUGGCAGGAAUCUGUCCCCUUCCCUUCCUCUCUAAAGUUGAGCCCUGCCUACGCAAGCAUCAUGGAAGCAGUGGAUCCAACCCUGUGGACUUUAGGCAGCAUAGAGAUUAACAGGGCUUCAGUGCAGCAACCAUUGGAAGGGUGAGGCCACCAAAGUUGCGGGAGUUCUGCUGGGGAGUAGCCAGGCAACAGCUUCCUCCAGUGACAGUAGCAUUGAACAAGGAGGAGGAAAGGUUGAGAGAACUGCAGCUGGCCCACAGUCACACAGCAGGCUGUAUGUGGAACAGUGGGGAAUCAAACCCGGUUCCUCCACACCAGAAUCUGCAGCUCUUAACUACUACACGACACUGGCUCUCAGUGUAAAAAGACCAGAACAGAAUAUCUCGCAGCAGAGGUAUGUUUAUGGGGGACUGCCUUAUUGCCGUAGUUCUUUGUAUCUCUCUUACUAUGCAGCUGGUGCUAAUCCCAUGAGUUUGUCUAGACUAGCAGCAGUAAACACGCUGACUGGCAAAAGCAGCUGGGGUGAAACAUGCUAUGAUAAAUAGGGCUUUUACAUAAUGAAAAGCAAUUUGUUUGGGCCUUCGCAAAUUAUAGCAGUGGGUUAUAUGGCACUUUCACUGAAUGCAGAAUUCCUUCUGUCAGCAAGAAAUUAGGAAGGAAUUGGGUUCUGUUAAGAGGCAGGGGUUUAUGAGGGAUGUUCUAGUUUUAGAAUUGUAUUGUAGCAUUUUUUUGUAACAGCAAACUCUUUCUGCUUGUAUUAUGAGUUUUUCUUCAUAAAAUCUUGAUUGAGA